AUGUCGCGACCAAACAUUGGCGCCCUAGUCGUCGCCAUCUUCCUUACCACAGCUGCGAUCGCGUACGCGCGCACAGGCACCAUUCAGCAAUCCCUCGAAUCCCUCCCUACAAACACCUCCCUAGUCAUUGCUCUCUUCUCUUUCGUUGGCGGCGCUCUAGAUUCCAUACGCACCAAAAGCCCUGCACCGAUCAUUCUAGGCCACAUCUUUAGCGCUGUCUAUGCUGUUAGCUUUGCGCGCCUGAGCGCGGGCCAGCCCUCCGGUGCUGAGAUUGGAUUAUUCGGGUCCUUCGUUUUGACUAUUAUUCCGAUGAUAGCACCUGCCGAUUGGAGUUUGAUUCCUAAGGAAUUGGGAUACGUUGGAGGAUAUGGAGUUGCUGUGUUUGCGAAUGCUUACGGGGGCUUCGGGUUGGCUGUGACGUUACUCUUUUCGUUAGUGAUGUUGGCCUUCAGGGAUGACAUUAGGCAGAUACAGAGUCGAGUCGAUGCUUAG